GCAGUUACGUAUAUGUAAUGAUAUAUUCAAUUGCCACCCCGCCAUUGCCGCGCACACUCUCCUCCCUAGUCCCUUUUUUCUUUCUCACCAUCUCCGUCCACUCCAAACGUCAUCGCUUUUUAUAGAUAUGGCUGGGAAGUUCAUGAAUGCGGUUCAAUAUGAAAGCUAUGGCGGAGGGGCAGCUGGAUUGAAGCAUGUUGAAGUUCCAGUGCCCUUACCAAAGAAGGAAGAAGUUUUGCUAAAAUUAGAAGCAGCUUCUAUAAACCCAGUUGAUUGGAAAAUUCAAAAGGGGUUGUUGCGGCCUCUUGUUCCUCGCAAGUUACCUUACAUACCUGGUACUGAUGUGGCUGGAGAGGUUGUGGAUGUUGGAGAAGGUGUUACUAAUUUUAAAGUUGGAGAAAAAGUCAUAGGUGUGCUUAACCAUUUAUAUGGGGGAGGAUUUGCUGAGUUUGUUGUGGCCAAGGAGAGCUUGACAACUGAAAGGCCACCAGAAGUUUCAGCCGCAGAAGGUGCAGGAUUGCUAGUUGCUGGUCUCACAGCUCACCAGGCUGUCACUCAAGCUGCUGGGAUCAACCUUGAUAAAACCGGCGAUCCAAAAAACAUUCUGAUCACUGCUGCUUCUGGCGGUGUGGGUCAUUAUGCAGUUCAACUAGCAAAACUCGGAAACACGAAUGUAACAGCCACUUGUGGUGCACGUAACAUUGAAUUUGUGAAAAGCUUAGGAGCUGAUGAGGUUCUUGAUUACAGGACCCCAGAUGGGGAAGCACUUAAGAGCCCAUCUGGUCGGAAAUACGAUGCUGUGAUACACUGUGCAACAGGUAUUCCUUGGAAGACAUUUGAGCCUAAUUUGAGCGAAAAUGGGAAGGUUAUAGAUAUAACCCCAAGUCCUAGUGCAAUGUGGACUUUUGCUCUAAAGAAGGUUACAUUCUCUAAAAAGCAGUUAGUGCCUUUGCUUUUGAGUCCCAAGGUUGAGAACAUGAACUAUCUUAUUAAACUGGUGAAGGAUGGGAAGUUGAAGACAGUGAUAGAUUCCAAAUAUGCCUUAAGCAAGGCAGAAGAUGCUUGGGCUAAGAGUAUGGAUGGCCAUGCUACUGGAAAGAUUAUUGUGGAGCCUUAAGGUACUAAUAGCAACAGUUAUUUUAGUUUCUCAUCAGCUGAAGUAUUCUUCUCACAAUGUGAAAACUGGAGCAAAUUGUUUCCCUUGACCUUUCUAGUUGGCCAAUCUUCUGAGUAGUUCUAUGUGGUUUCAUUAGCUUGCUUUAUUUUAUUUUAUUUUAUUUUUAAAUUUAUCUUUUUAUCAAUUCGGAUUAUAUUAUAAUGAUAAUAAAUGAUAGGAAUUAUCAUUUU